AUGACCUCUGCUAAACCAUCAACUAUAGUAUGUGUUUUUUGCGGAUCUUCGUUUGGUAAUAAACCUGGUUAUGCCAAUGAUGCCACCGAAUUGGGACAAAAGUUGGCCCAUAAAGGCUGGGGAGUCGUCUACGGAGGCGGAACUACCGGUGUCAUGGGUGCAGUGGCCCGUGGAUGCGCCACUAAUGGAGGAUAUGUUCAUGGAAUAAUUCCCGAGGCAUUGAUUUCGAGAGAAAGAACCGAAGAAAGUGCCGAGGAUCUCAAUCAAAAACUCAAGGAGUCAAUUGACAAUCACGAUGGCAGUACACCUUUACCUGACUCGAAGGAAUACGGAAAAACCACGUUGGUGAAAGACAUGCAUACUCGGAAACGGAUGAUGGGAGAAGAAGCCAAUGCAUUUGUAGCACUUCCUGGUGGAUAUGGCACUUUAGAAGAGCUUAUGGAGGUGGUUACAUGGUCACAGCUUAAUAUUCAUAACAAGCCUAUUGUAUUGUACAAUUUGGAUGGAUUUUAUGACAACUUUCUCAAAUUCAUUAAUGACGCAAUCGAAUCUGGAUUCGUUUCGAAAAAGAACGGAGAGAUCAUCAAGGUGGCAUCCACCGUAGACGAAUUGAUAAAAGCGAUAGAGGAGUACGAGGCGCCCGAGGGAAAAUUUAAUUUAAAGUGGGAUACCACCUAA